AUGAAACGUGGACGUUCUCGAAAUCGAUCUGUCAUUGCUAAUGUCCAUGGCAAUAAACAAAUUAUUGAUGAUGGGCGAAAUGAUGGUGGUUGUAUGGAGGUAGAAGCACAAAAACUAAAUAUUUCAUCGUCCACACAACAAAGACAGCAAAUAUUAGCGAGCGGUUCCAAUCUGCGACGAAUGAAUAAUAAUGAAGAAGAAAUUGAAAAAAGUGACGAUGAAGGAUCUUGCUCAAGUAAAUACAAAGCUUAUAAUCGUGUUGAUGCUAAUUUAAGGAAACACAUUGGGAAGAUUCAUAAAAUGGGGCAAUAUUUAUUCAAAUCACAAAGAAAGGGCCUAUCGUUUAAGGAAUCGCUGAUAUCGCCCGAAUUGAAGAAAACACUGCAUAAUGCUGCAAUUUAUUGCAUAGUUAAAGAUGGUCGGCUGUUCGGAGAUUUUCGACGGCACGGAUUCAAGUAUACUUCACUAGUGAUUGACUUUCGACAAUUUAUUGGUCUAUGUAAUGCUGUACAAAUUCGAAAGUACAUUAACUAUGAAAUUGAUCGAUUACAAAUUCAUUACAAGCUUCGAUCGAUCACAACCGACAACGGAUCGAACAUCAAAAGUACAACAGAAGAUGGUCGUUUUGGAACUCGGAUCGCCUGCUAUGGUCAUAGCAUUAAUUUGGUCGUUUCACAAGGUCUAUGUUUAUGGAAGAAAACAGCUGUACUGAGGAAAAGAGAGGUGGUCGAUAUAGAAGAAAUUCAAGAUGAAUUUAUGGAAGAUGGAGUUGACACAAACUCAAAAGAUAAAGAUGAAACAUCAGACGAAGGCUCAUUUAGUGAAGAUUCAAGCGACGAAGAAAACUAUAUUGAUGAAGAAGAAGAACGACAAUAUAAUUAUGAAAAAACAAAUGAUUCUACCGUCGAUCACAUAUUUGAAGACAUAAUAACAAACGAUAGUGCUCCAUAUACGCUAAUAUUCGGCAUUCAUCUGUUAUUAUGCCGUGUUCGUUCAUUGAUCAAAUUAAUUCAAAAAUGUCAUUUAAUUAAUGCCUAUGUUCGUAAACAAGCAAAGACGGAUAAAACUAUCAAAGGAGGUGAACUUAUACUUGACUUUCAUAUCCGAUGGAAUACAACUUGUGUUAUGCUGGCAAAAUUCAUCGAACAUCGACGUAUAAUUAUUGAAAUUACUAAUACACCUGAAAAAAUUGUUAAUCUUAAAAAAGCCAAAUGCAAUCGCCUGAUGUCAUUGACACUGCGUCCUCAGCAUUGGGAAUGCCUUAUUACCUUGAAAAAAAUUCUCGAUCCAUUUUACAGUGCUACAAAGGCAUUCUCUGGGCGUAAUUAUGAAACAAUUGCUCAAAGCAAAACAAUUCUCUUUGCACUAAAAAAUUUCUUGUUGAAAGAACAACCAGAUCAUCAUCUGGAAAAUAUUAUAAAAACGUCAACUCCUGGAAAAAUAUAA